CACUGAUCCUCCUCCUACAAUUCUAUUUUCUUUUUCAAAUGUUUUUCCUUUUUCUUCCCCCCUCAAUCAUUUACGAGCUGAGGCUAGGGUUUCAGAGAGGUUAGAGUUUGCCUCGGAUCUCGAUUAGAUUCGAUCAAAAAAUGCCAGUUAGAGUGGUCGAGGGCUCAGCGCCCUCUCAAGUUUCAGGGCAAGAUGCAACUUCAGGACAUGCUCUACCUUCUCCUUGUACGCUUUUAAGCGUUGGACGGGCCUUUGCUGGAACUCAGAAUGUUUCAAGUUUGCAAAAGGAUGAGGCCUGGAGGGUGAAUGUCAGGAUCCAAGGAUGUGACCUUGAUCAUGGUUAUUUAUGUGGUACCAUGGAGGCGCUCAAUGUUCCUCUAGCAGACACACCAGUAGUUACAUUUUGGGAGGGAGAGAUAGUUGAUACCAAGAACUACACUUUUUACACUGGCAAGUGGGAAGCAACGCCAGAGGAUGAUAUAAGGCAUUGGUCCAAAUUCCCAUCUUUCUCCCCGCUUCUGAGUCAAGUGGAAGCUGAUGGUGGUAAAUCUUUGGAUCUGAGUAACUACCCAUACAUAUUUAUGAGGUGGAAGGAGCAGUACUUUGUCAAUGUUGGUAUUGAUUGUGGAUUGACUAUUGCGGGCUUCUAUUAUGUUUGCUUCUCUUUUAGUGAUGGCUCCAUCAACGGCUUCUACUAUGACCCAAACAGCAGUCCUUUUCAGAAGCUUGAAUUGAAGUCCACUAAUGAGGGGCAGUCAGGUUUCUCAUUUUCCUCGUAUCAGUUGCAAUGAACUGUGGCUUUCUCUGCAAAAUUUAAAGCUAAGAGAGGAAUCAAGUGAUUGGAAGAGGAAUCAAACGGUGUCGGUAGAAAUUUACUAUUUAUGGUAUUUCCUUUCUGCUAAGGAAUGAGCUUUCAGAGCUACAUUUAUUGUGCCAGGGCGUGAAAUUGUAAAGAUAUGCAUUAUUCUAAUAUAUGGACCUUCCGGGUAUUUGGUCCAUUUUAAACCAUGAACUUUUUCGAAUUGUCAUUUUAAGUAGUUAGUAUGAGUUCUGGAAUUAGUUGCUGCGGA